AUGAACGACGAGACGGAAGGGCCGCCCUCGUUUUGGGUGCGGGCCGUAUACGACUACCAAUCUACCGAUGACUCAUCCUUAUCUUUCUCUCGCGGCGACAUUGUAGAAGUACUGGGCACUCUUCCCAGCGGAUGGUGGGACGGACUCAUUGGCAACGAGCGUGGCUGGUUCCCCAGCAAUUUUGUCGUUACCAUUCCCGACUCCGAGGCAGAGGCAGAGCUCGCUGCCAGAGGCGGUGCUAUCGACGUUGAUCCCGCCAACCUCGAGAGCGAUAGCGAGUGGGUCCAGGACGAACUCGAGCAUGUCGCCGAUGCUGCUAUCCCCAUUGACUUUGCUGGUGCUCGCGACGAUCUCUGGCUGCCCGAAGUACAGCCCAAUGGACAGAUUGUAUACGUCAACGGAGCGGGUCAACGACGCACGGACCUCCCCGACGCGGACACAGAUGACAUGACGCCGCAGCCUGUGACGGUGCCGUCGCCGUCUGGACGUCCAUCCCGCCCCCGCGCCAACACCGCCACUACCCAGUCCUCGGUCGGUGGAUUUGGGUUUGUCCGUCGCACAGGCACCCCCGAGCCCUGGAUCAAGCGCCUCACCGACGAUGGCCAUGCAUUUUUCUACGAAAACACCGAAACCGGCGAAAUCAUGUGGUCUCGUCCCGAAGUCGCACGCGGUAUCAGUGCCCAGCAAAGUCUUGCCUCGUCUGCCUCGGGCCUUGACUUGCGCGCCCGCUAUCGAGUCGCUGAAUCAGCUCCCGAGGACGAAAUGGAUGCCGCUGCUUCCACCGAGGACGAAGAUAUGGGCAUCAUCAUGCCCCAUUCAAACACCAACCGUCUCAGUGUUUAUUCGGAUGCGAGCGAAGUCAACCCACGAUUCGACAUCGACUUUCCUCUUCCUUCCUCUCUUCCCACCGCGACCAAUCAAGCCGAUACCGAGCCGCAUAUAGAUCCAGCAGAAGUCCAGCGUCGAUUGGCUCCCCCCGAUCUGGAUACCAUCGAAGCAUUGGCCGGCGUAGCCAAAAACGCAAUCACCGCCGUCAGCCAGUGCAUGCAAAUUCCCAUUCAAGACCACACCCAACCCCAUGCACCGCUCGUUGCCAGGGUCAUUAUUGCCGUCCGAAACCUCCUCUACGUAUCCGGCACACUUGCUUCCGCACCCGAGGUCCUCUCUCCGCUCCUGGGUGAGCCCGCCGAGUCAAGACCGGACGCUCACCCUCCGUUGGCCCAUUUGAAGCAGUACCAGCGCAAAGUUACCGCUACCCUCUCCAAGUUGGUCCUGAGUGCUCGCGCAGCUGAUUCGGGCGAGGACGAUGCGAAUGCGCGUAGUCGCGUUGCCAUUGACGCCGGCGAACUCGAACGUGCCGUCGAUCGCUUUGUCGCAGAGGCUCGUGAUAGACCGUUGACCAGGACAUUGCGCGGAGUAUUGAGUCCCACACAUAUUGGGAAAGGAGCACCCGGUGGAGGCAUUGCUGGACAGUGGCGCGGAUCCGGGUUCAUCGAGCGCGUUGCAAAGGCACUUACACCCGAGGCGUGCGAUGAAAUUCGCGUUCUGGGCCAAGACCUCGAAACCAACCUCGUGAGCGUCCAACAAGGCGUGAAUAAUAUCAGGGAGGAAACCGGUCCGGACGAAAUCAAACCUGAAGAUGGCGUAUCGACGAUCAUCACGCGCGGGCGUGCGGCGAUCACUUCCCUUUGCGCAUUUUUGAACGCUGCAGAAGAACUAGACGUGGCGGGCAAGGUUGGAAAGGAUAUCGAGACCCGGCGCGGGCUGGUUCGCAAGUCUGCGCUUGAACAACAAGGACUGGGGCGGAUGAAGAGUCGGGACGGGCUGCGGCGCGCGGGGAGCAAAGAUGAGCUUCGUCGUGUCGGGCGCGUAGGCAGCCGCGAUCAAAUGCGGCGUAUGGGCAGCAGGGAUGAACUCCGUCGUAUUGGGAGUCGUGAGGAACUGGGGCGACUUUCUCGCCCUGCCAGUCGGGGUAAACUCAGCCGGAUGAACAGCCAAGAACAAUUCCCACAUCCACCCCCACCCCCACCACAUAUGAGUCGCCAAGCGAGCCGGGACCAACUCGCUCCCACUCUUACUUCGCCAUUGAUCCUCUCUCGUCCUGGCUCGCGCGACCAGCUAGCCCUCUCACGCUCGGCUUCGCGGGAUAAACUCACCCAAUCUCGUCCAGCUUCGUUUAAUGCCAAGGGCCGACUGGAUACAAGCCAAGACGUCCGGAACGCAGUGAGGAGACUCGAAGUUACCAAACAGGCACUAUACGACGCCGGUGUCACACUGCUCCUCGCCAGCCAGACGGUGCAUGUGGCCGUCUUGCGAAGCGCAGGAAGCGCACCCGCCCCUCCCAAAGUAGCCACCCGGGGCGUAGAUACCAAUGCUCUCAACCUAGUCUCCCUUUCGAUCUCUACCAUCCGCGAGAACCAGCGCGAAAUGACCGAUCUCCUCGACGCACUGGCCAAAACCGACGGUCCCGAAUUCUACGUCUCGCGUGAGACCAAACGGGACACGCUCAUGUCUUCGACCAAUUACUCCCAGUCUUAUCGCACUACGACAGAUACAGAUAUGUAUUCCCGUACAGAUACCUACCCGAGCUCGAUCCGCUCGCCGGUGGACGACCACUUGGCGACGCUAUACGGUGGAGACGGCAGUACCUUUGGCGACUCGAUCUACGGCGCCGAGUUUGGAGCCGGAGUCGGUCGGGACAGGGUGGACAGCGUAGGGCGAGACAGUCGAUUCGACAGCAUCGGACGCGACAGCCGAUUCGACAGUAUCGGACGCGAUGGGCUCAACGACGCACCCGGGUCGUACGGCCGCGCAUAUCCCGAGCGCGGGGUGUGGGACAAGACCCACCCGGGCGAAAAACCGCGCCAGCCGCUCAAGCAUUUGGAUUCGGCCGUGUCGUUGCCUCAGAGCGACUUGUCGACCGAGUCGUUGGGAUACGCGCCGCAGGGACAGGGGAACUAUUCUCGUUCGGGUACGGCGUUGGGCAAGACUCGGCCGGAUUCGUUGGAUUUGUUGAGUGAUGCUGAGAGUGAUGUUGAGAAGGACGGCCACGGGAAUCGUGGUCCACCCCGGGUGAACAACAAGAUUCUCAAGUUGUUAGGCGACGACGCGGCUGCUGAACUUGCCAGGAGUGGGGGUGCGAUAACCCCUACCCCGAUCGUCGAUACCACGCCUUGGUACCUCAAACCGACAUACAACGACCCAUCGCAGAUCUUGUUCAAUACUGACGGCGGUGUUCGGGGCGGCACGCUUCCAGCCCUGGUCGAGCGCCUAACCAUGCACGAUCAAAUGGACUCGACGUUUAUCGAUGCGUUUUUGAUGACUUAUAAAUCGUUCACGACGAUCCACGAGUUGUUCCAGCUGUUGGUCGAACGGUUCAGGAUUCAACCGCCUGAAGGACUUGCCCCUGCCGAGUUGGACGAGUGGGUCGAGAAGAAGCAGAAGCCUGUUCGUGUGCGGGUGGUGAACAUCUUCAAGAAGAUGCUGUUGGAUCCGUCGGUUAUUGACAAAGAGGAUAGUAGCAUUUUGAACAAUAUCAGGAGCUUUGCGUCAGAGAUUAUGCGGGAUGUCACUCCUGCUGAACAACUCAUCAUGUUUGUUGAUCGUAUACAAAAACAAGGAGAUUCCCUCGGGCGCAAGUACACCGUUACAACAACAUCCGCCGUCCCUACCCCCCUCGUCCCCAAAUCCGGCAAACGGCUUAAACUUCUCGACAUUGACCCUCUCGAACUCGCACGUCAGCUCACCUUGCUCGAAAGCAAACAGUACAAUGCUAUCAAGCCUAUCGAAUGUCUCGCCCGUGCACGGGACGAACCGGCCGAGAACGAUAGCAUCAAAACGAUCAUCACGACCACAAACAAGAUCGCAAGCUGGGUCGCAUUUUCGGUCCUGGACAAGGAUGAGCCGCGUCGUCGAGGAAACACUAUCAAGCAUUUCAUUCACGUUGCCGAGAGAUGCCGGGCAUUGCAUAAUUAUUCGACUAUGGCUGCGCUGAUUGCCGGUUUGAACUCUCCCCCUAUUCGAAGGCUGAAACGCACUUGGGAUUCAGUGCCGGCUAAAAUUACGGCCAUUUUGGAUGAUGUUGAAGGGACGCUCGAUUCCGGCAAGAAUUUCACGGCGUACAAGCAGAGACUCAAGACGGUUGAUACGGCUUGUGUGCCCUUCCUUGGCGUCUACCUUACUGUCUUGACCUUUAUACAAGACGGAAACAAGGAUUUCAUUUCCAAGGAACAAGGGAUCAUCAACUUUGGGAAGCGUCAAAAGGCUGCCGAGGUCAUUCGGGAGAUCCAGAGCUAUCAGGCCAAGCAAUAUCAACUCGCGAUCGUGGAUCAGAUCCAGACAUUUAUCGAGGAUUCCUUGGGAAAUGUAGAUGAAAAGGCGGAUUAUUGGGAGACAAGUAUGCUAUUGGAGCCACGAGAACGUGAAGACGAGAAGAUGACUCGCAUGCUGCAGGAGAGCGGCUUCCUGUAA